UCUUGCCAGCAUGCUUCCCCCAUUGUCCACAGUCCCAUUGGUGACCUUGAGUUCCAUGCCCCCCUCUCAGCCACCAGUAGGGACUUCCUCCCUUCCAAAGCAUCCCCCGUGGUCAGACAGUCUCCCGCUCCUCCUCCUUCCACCUCCAUCUUCUUCAUUGGCUCUUCACUCACCUCAUCCCAUCUCCUUCUCUAAGCCAGCAGAGCAGCCCACCAAAGUGCCUUUGCUCCCCUCUAUAGCUCCAGCAAUCAUCUCUUCAGGUCAGAAUGUAGCCAGUGCCCUAAGCUCAUUUUCUGAUGAAAUGAACCACAUUCCAUCCAGAUACACCCAGGAUUUCACAAGUGUCCCGCAUCUAGGUUUUUCAGGAUCCUCAACAAAGCAGCACUCUGAGCUGUCCCCAACAGAGGGUCCCUGGUCAGCAGGCUCACCCACACCUGGGGUUUUGAGCUCCGUGGCAGAACUGGCCCAGCUCUCUCCCCCUCCCCUUGCACCUGGAGGUCUUCUUCCGCUUCUAGGUGGAACCCCCACAUGGCCCACGUUGGAAGUGGCUUCAAGUCCUGCAUCCACCCAGCCAGUGCACAGGGCCGGGGCUAAACAGGUGCACAGUGGGGUGCCCUUGCUGACUUUUAAGAGCACAGCAGAGGCUGUGCCUUUGCUUUUCCAGACUGCAAAAUCAGUGGCUGUAGAAAUGACCAGCAGAAAGCUAGCCCCUGCUCCUCCUGCCAAUGACUCCGCUAACCCACCGCAUUUGUCAGCAGCUCCAGAGAAUUCCAGAGGGCCUGUGGUUUCAGCAGAACACACGUCUUCCUCUUGGGGGCCUCCUCCUCUGCCUUUCACCAUACCAGGUCAAGGGCAAGCCAUCCCUUUUGGGGCGGUUCCUGCAUCACCACUGACCAGGACACCCGACCUUCCCUCUUCUGUCCUCCAGCCCACAGAAAGCCAUGCCUCACCAUCCCCUGUGCCAGAAAUGCUCCCUCCUCAAAAAGAAAAUAAAGAUGCACACCCUUUUCCUGCAGCUACACACCUUCUCCCCUUGAGCAAAUUUCAUCUUUCCACAAAGAAGAUCUUUCACCUGCAAAAGGAGGAUAGUGGGACAGCUGUUUUAAAGAAAAAUGAAACGGCAAAUGUGACAGUUCCUCUCCAGGCCUUUCCAAGUAAAGAAGUUUCAAGUCUUCACACUGUAAACGGGUUCACUUCUGAGUUUAGUGUUGGUCCCAUUUCAUCUCCCAUCAUUACAACACCAAGAACAAACUUCCUUUUAUCAGGCUCUCCGCCGCCUCCCAUGCCUGCCAUUCAAACCUCCCAGCUGGUUUCCCCAUCUCCUGGCUUUUCCAGCGCGAAGCCAGAGAAUUUCACAGCUGCUGGGGGCCAUUCUGAGUUGCCAGCUUCAGCUUCCAAACAGGUGACAGCGUUUUCCUCCUUCUCUGAUGUCUCUGAUUUCUCAACAAUGGGAGACAUGAACAAGCCAACAACCACAGAUGUUUUCUGGAGUUCUCUUUCAGUAAAAACUGGACCCCUUUCCACACAAUCAACAAUAUCUGGCUUGCAGCACCAAACAAAUUAUGAUUUAAAUGGUCACACAAUUAACUCCACAAGUUGGGACAUUCAUUCAGCUUCACCUUCUCUUCCCAGUGGUUUAUCUUCAGCUGCCAGUGCAAUAAAACCUCAGGAUUUCAAAGGUACCGUUGGGCAGUCAGUGGCUGCAGAACUUUUUAACAUUCAGGAUCUCAUCCUAGGCCCAAGCACUCACCAGCCUGUACGACAGUCGGAUAUGACCAUGGUUGGGAACCCUACAGACCUCUGGCCCACAAGCCAUAACAGUUAUUCCAGAGUUUUCCAAACAGAGAAGGUUGACUAUUACUCAUCUGCAAGUCAACGUUCUAUUUCACAUCCCCAUUUACAGAUGCCCACCCAGCCAACCUAUCCUCGUUGGCUAAACUGGCUCAGGCUGUCUUCUACAGCUAGCUUGCAAGAAAUGCUUUCAGAUGGAGCAGAUACGGGUCCCCAAAUUUCCCGUGACAUCUAUCUAUCACAUGGGAUCAAUGCUUCCACACCAUUGAAGAGCAUCCUGGGAUAUCAUUCAGCUGCUGAAUCUCCUAAAUCCACCAGUGCCUUUCCCAGGACCCCCUCCAGAGUGCUGCGAGCUUCUCAGCGCCCCAAGAAAUGGACAGGUGCAGCCACUAAUGCAGAUAGUUUGUUUCCUGGUACCCAAAAAACAGUGGACUUCUCAGUGUCACCCAAGAUAGAACCAACUGCAGCAACCGCUGCCACGUUGCUUCUGAGGAAGUCGAGUCCACCGGCCCUAUCUGCAGCCCUGGUUGCUAAAGGCACCAGCAGCAGUGGCUUAGCCAAGAGCAGUUUGACCACUGCUGUAGCUAGAAAUGUCACCAACAAGGCAGCAUCUGAUCCAAAGGCUACUGCAGGGACCAUCCACCCUGCCUUCCCAUUCACUCCAACCUACAUGUUUGCCAGAACAGCACACACCAUGAGCACACACGCAGCCAUGCAAGGGAACGCAGGCACUGCCUCUGGCCUGUUGUCCACAACGCACCUCCCCAGGAAACCACAAGCCAUGCAUACCAGCCUCCCAAACCCCACCAAGCCAGAGAUGCCCAGAGCAUCCACCCCUCGCCCACUGACAAUCACAGCAGCAUUAACGUCCAUCACAGCGUCCAUGAGGGCCACCCACUUGCCACCUCUGCAGGCAGAAAACACUGAUGCUGUUUUUCCUGCUGCAUCAACUGCAGUGGUCACAACCGGCAAAAUGGCAUCCAACCUGGAGUGUCAGAUGUCCAGUAAGCUCCUGGUGAAGACAGUCCUCUUUCUAACCCAAAGGAGAAUGCAGAGCAGUGAAUCCUUGAAGUUCAGCAUAGCCAGAGGGCUCACACAGGCCCUUCGGAAAGCCUUCCACCAGACGGAUGUGACGGCUCAUGUGGACAUUCUGGAACAUUCUCAUAACGUCUCGGUCGGUUAUUACGCUACCAAAGGGAGGCUGGUGUACUUGCCUGCUGUUGUGAUGGAAAUGCUGGGGGUUUACGGAGUCAGCAAUGUCACUGCAGAUCUGAAGCAGCAUACCCCAAACUUACAGUCUGUGGCAGUCCUUGCCUCUCCAUGGAAGCCCCAGCCUGCAGGCUACUUCCAGCUGAAAACAGUGCUACAGUUUGUGAGCCAAUCAGACAACAUACAGUCCUGUAAGUUUGCUCAGACAAUGGAGCAGAGGCUGCAGAAGGCGUUUCAGGAUGCGGAGAGAAAAGUCCUCAACACCAGAAGCAACCUGAAGGUUCAGAUCGUGAGCACGUCCAACGCCUCCCAGGCCGUCACGUUGGUGUACGUCGUGGGCAACCAGAGCACUUUCCUCAAUGGCACCGUGGCCAGCAGCCUCCUCAGCCAGCUCUCUGCCGAGCUGGUGGGAUUCUACCUCACCUACCCGCCGCUCAGCAUUGCCGAACCACUGGAAUAUCCCAAUCUUGAUAUAUCAGAAACAACCAGAGACUAUUGGGUAAUUACAGUGCUGCAGGGUGUGGACAACUCGCUUGUGGGCCUGCACAACCAGAGCUUUGCCCGAGUCAUGGAGCAGCGCCUCGCCCAGCUGUUCAUGAUGUCCCAGCAACAAGGCCGGCGGUUUAAACGGGCCACCACCCUGGGAAGCUACACGGUGCAGAUGGUAAAGAUGCAGCGUGUGCCAGGACCAAAGGACCCAGCGGAGCUGACGUACUACACCCUGUACAACGGGAAGCCAUUGCUGGGGACUGCGGCGGCCAAGAUCCUGAGCACCAUUGACUCCCAAAGGAUGGCCUUGACCCUGCACCACGUUGUCCUUCUACAAGCUGACCCUGUGGUGAAGAACCCACCCAACAAUCUGUGGAUCAUUGCCGCAGUCCUGGCGCCCAUUGCCGUGGUCACGGUCAUUAUCAUCAUCAUCACUGCCGUGCUCUGCAGGAAGAACAAGAACGACUUCAAGCCGGACACCAUGAUAAAUCUGCCUCAGAGAGCAAAGCCCGUACAAGGCUUUGACUAUGCCAAGCAGCACCUGGGCCAGCAAGGGGCAGACGAGGAAGUCAUCCCUGUGACUCAGGAGACCGUGGUCCUCCCGCUGCCAGUUAGAGAUGCUCCUCAGGAGAGGGAUGUUGCUCAGGAUGGGAGCACCAUCAAGACGGCCAAGUCCACCGAAACCAGAAAGAGCAGGUCGCCCAGUGAGACUGGCUCUGUCAUCAGCAACGAAUCAGGGAAGCCCAGCUCAGGGAGACGCUCACCCCAGAACGUAAUGGCACAGCAGAAAGUGACAAAGGAGGAGGCAAGGAAGAGAAAUGUGCCCGGCAGUGACGAAGAGGAGGGCGCCGUUCUGUUUGACAGCUCUGGCAAAGUAACAGCAGAUCCCUUCGACACGUCUUCGGGGUCUGUGCAGCUCAUCGCGAUCAAGCCCACAGCCCUGCCCGUGGUGCAGCCCACCUCAGACAGGAGCCAGGACUCCUCGGCGGUGCUCAAUGGUGAGGUGAACAAAGCCCUAAAGCAGAAGUCAGACAUCGAGCACUAUCGGAACAAGCUGCGCCUCAAAGCCAAGAGGAAGGGCUACUACGACUUCCCCCCGGUGGAGACAAGCAAGGGCCUGACAGAAAGAAAAAAGAUGUAUGAAAAAGCCCCAAAGGAAAUGGAGCAUGUUUUGGACCCAGACCCGGAAGUGUGUGCUCCAUAUGCCGAGUCCAAAAACAGGCAACAGAUGAAGAACUCUGUCUAUCGAAGCCGGCAGUCUCUGAACAGCCCCAGUCCGGGAGAAACCGAAAUGGACCUUCUGGUCACUCGGGAGCGACCCCGGCGUGGAAUCCGGAACAGCGGAUACGACACGGAGCCUGAAAUCAUAGAGGAAACCAAUGUGGACAGAGUUCAUGACCCCCGGGGCUACGCCAGGUCAAGGCCGGUGAAAGGCCACUCAGAGACCUCCACGCUGAGCUCGCAGCCGUCCAUCGAUGAGGUGAGGCAGCAGAUGCACAUGCUGCUGGAGGAGGCCUUCAGCCUGGCAUCCGCAGGCCACGCCGGCCAGAGUCGCCACCAGGAGGCCUACGGCUCCACGCAGCACCUGCCCUACUCUGAGGUGGUGACCAGUGCCCCGGGGACUAUGACACGGCCCAGGGCUGGUGUGCAGUGGGUGCCGACCUACCGCCCAGAAAUGUACCAGUACAGUCUGCCCCGGCCGGCCUACAGGUUUUCCCAGCUUCCUGAAAUGGUCAUGGGCUCUCCACCUCCACCUGUACCACCCCGACCUGGGCCGGUGGCUGUUGCUUCUCUCAGACGGUCCACCUCAGACAUCGGCAGCAAGACCCGAAUGGCCGAGUCUGUGGGUCCCGAGCCGGCCCAGCUGCAUGAGAGUGCCUCGUUCGCCCAGGUGUCCAGAGGCCCCGUCUCCGUGGCACAGCUGGAUCAGUCGGCUUUAAAUUACUCAGGUAACACGGUGCCAGCAGUGUUCGCCAUCCCAGCUGCCAACAGACCCGGCUUCACUGGCUACUUCAUCCCCACGCCUCCCUCGUCCUACAGGAACCAGGCCUGGAUGUCCUACGCGGGGGAGAACGAGCUCCCUAGCCAGUGGGCUGAUUCGGUGCCCCUGCCCGGGUACAUCGAGGCCUACCCGCGCUCGCGGUAUCAGCAGAGCUCGCCCUCCAGGCUCCCGCGCCAGUACAGCCAGCCCGCCAACCUGCACCCCAGCCUGGAGCAGGCCCCCGUGCCCUCAGCGGCAGUGUCACAACAGAGCCUGGCUGAAAACGACCCGUCCGACGCGCCCCUGACCAACAUCUCCACUGCAGCCCUCGUGAAAGCCAUCCGGGAGGAGGUGGCCAAGCUGGCCAAGAAGCAGACAGACAUGUUUGAGUUCCAGGUCUAACGCAUAGCCCCGGGACUCUGCGCCUCCAGACUCCGAGGAAUCAGGCUUUGGGGUCCUCACCCCUUGUGAGUGAGGACGUGAGACACUGAAUGGGUGAGUCUUCUUCACCCUCUGUUUCCCAAAAGGUGAACAGUGGGGCUUCUGGGGAGCAGAGGAAACUCAUGAACCACUGGAUUCCUGGCUCAUGCACCUGACCGUGCUCACAGGUCCUGCCUGGGACGUGUGCUCCAGAUUCUGCUAUGUUGAAUGUUUGAACCAUGGGCGGUUUUUUUUUCCCCCCAAGGAGCCUUAGUCAAGAGAGGGACUCACUAAUCUGCAGAUUCCUGUCCAAUGCCACCUUUGACAAAGUCACCAGAAAGCGGAGAACAUGGCUCUAUCUUUGGUGACCUCUGCAUGUUAACUCUUUUCUGUGUUAAAAGCAAUGCAGGGGUGUGAAUUACGCCCCAGACUGCCCUCUCUCAUUCAGCCGUGACCGUGAUCGUUAAAAUCAUCUCUACUCUGUAAGGCAGACACUGACUCCAGCCAAGAAACUUGAGUCUCUUUGCUUUUAAAGGUUCAUAUUCAAAGUCAAAUGAAUUGGAUGAAAAUCAGUACCACUGGCUGCACCUAUAAAUAGUCCUCACCCCCUCCCCAUGCCGUUCAUUAAAGGCCAAGAAAGAGAGGUGGGCAGGAAUCGUGGGUCUGUGUCGACAAGCUUUUUAAAGGGUAUUGUCGCUCGGAAAUAGAAUACCCUGCAAGUUGGGAUUGAAAUGAAAGAGAAUCGGUGCUAAGAGCUUUCAGGAUCCUACAAAAGAAAGACAGGUAUUUGAGGUAUCUGUAGGGGUUUUUCUUUGCCUGCAUGGAAGAUGGCCUGAGAACAGAGCUUCUCCCUUAGGGAUAAAAGAUACACUGACUUUUAUGAGAAAAUCUCCGUCCCUUCAACACUGAUCUCCAGCCUGUUCUGCCAAGGGGUACAAAAAAAAAAAAAAAAUGGUCGCUGAUUCCUGUUAGAAAUGGGAGCAAUGGAUCUUGGUUAUUCCAGGCUGCAGCCUUAGUUUAUAGAUGCUUCUGAAUGUAGCAAAUCUGUUGAUUUGGGUUUAAGUGUAAAUAACCUCUUUUUAAAAUGUAUGAGUUUUGCCAGUGCUCCAUAGUUUAUUUACGCAAGGGGACGUUUGUCAAAAUGGCAAGGCUGAUACCUUGUGGCCGUGACUCUCCAGAUCACCCUUCUUGGCAUGGAGAAUUGGCCUGCCGAGCUCCGAGUGGAGGACACUGCCCCCCCAGGGCUGGGGCGCCAGCCACUGACUCCCAUGGGCGCGAGCAAACCCGCUCCUGACUGUGGGCAGCACGUAUGGUGUUGAGGGCUUCCUUGGUGUCUGUUGGGGAACGAGGUCCUGUCCUGCCUUCAGCCGUGACCCAUCUAGCUUCAGCAGCUCCCAUUCCCUUCCGAGCCCAUCUGUCCAUUGUCCUCAUGAGUUUCUUUGGUCUUUACCCGAAAGAAGAAGGUGGAAGGGGCUGGGGAUUUAGCUCAGCGGCACAGCGCCUGCCUGGCAAGCGCGAGUCGUGAGUUCCAUUCCUGGGACCAGAAAAAAACAAAAAGCAAAAAAAAAAAAAGAAGAAGGUAGAAUUUUAAAAUGGUGAGAGAAGAGCAGGAAUGGAACUGAUCAGAAUGGGAGAUUCAAACUCUCAAAGCACAGACUUUUCCAAGCAGCUGUUUUUAUUUCCCAGUGGCAAAUUGCCCUUUCUGGAACGUGUCAUGGAAUCCUCAAACAAGUCUCUUGUUCGGAUGAUAUUAGGUAGUGUCCUUUUAGUAUGCCGGUUGAUCUUUCAUAGUGUUAGUUUUUGUUACUGACAAACAAAUCAGCUAUAAAUAAAAUGUAUUUUUGUAAUUUCCAUGUGUAUAUAUGGUAUAUUUCUACCAAUGGCCAGUUGUUGUAGUCCAAAACCUAAAUCAGCUUGCAGAACACUGUGGACAGUGCAAGAGUUUAUUGACAGAUUAACACAAUGCCUAGGUCUAUCCAAAUCGGCAUUCAAUGCACUUGAAUGAACAAAGAGCCAAAGAAACUCAGCCUUUUCAUGCAAAUGGUAUGAGUCUGAAAAAGACAGCUACGUUGUCCUUCUUUAUCAACAAUACCAGUAUCUUAUCAGUGCAAUGGUAUCAACCCAGAACUUUGUCUACUUGGUAAAUGCCUGGAAAUACUGUAUGUGCAAGUGAAGUUUUAAGACCUUAGUGUCCUUGAAAGUUAUGUACAUGUUUCAAAAGACAGUGUCUGAGCUUUGGAUGUUCCGGUGAUUACAGAUGAUGAAUUUGCAGUUUGCCUUUGUAUGGUUCCAGAUUGCUAAGACAGUGGAGCUACAAAUCAUUGCAGUCUUCACAGAACCCCGUGAAAUAUUUAGUCCACUGAAAAAAGUAAGAUACAGCAUGCUAAAUCAGACAGUCUCUUAAACUAGACACCACAGGUUCAACAAAAGUCAACGAGAGGAAAUAAUAGGUAUCUGAAGGGAAACCUGUGCACAUUUUCCCACCAAAGAGGAGAGAGCUGCGAUUGUUCAAUUUUCUGGGACUAAGUUGUGGUCCCUUCUCUGAUGUCUCCUGACCUCAUGGAGGUGACAGAUACCAGGAGAAGUGACUCUGAGAAAAGGCAGAUGGUAAAAGGUGCUUCACGGAAGUGCGCAGAGGGUCUCGUGAGAACCCCGAGGAGACGAGGGAAUGAAUGAAUUCCCCCGAGGGAAUGAAUUCAGUGUUCAUCGUGAUCCUCCAGACAGUCUCACAAAAGCCAUAAAGGAUAUUGGUGACCUGGGAGGAGCAAGCGGAAGUCCAGAGAAAUGGAGUGACUGGCCCCAAAAUCAAGCCCACCCCUGCUGAUUCAUGAUCCAGUCUGCUCUCCAUUUACCAUGCUGCCUGCAUGCUUGUUGGUGACACAUUUCUGUAACUGAGCCCGAAAGUUUGCAAAACAGACAAAGUCCUGUCCGGGACUUCAUAAUGCUCUUGCCAAGGGAAAAAAUAAAAUAAAAACAGUGACUGAGUUAGGAACUUUGAAUGCAGUGUACAGGGGACAAUAUCUUUGUGGCAUAAUAAACAUUUUUUUGGCACUGGUUUCGA